UGACGCGCCGCGCUACCGGUCAGAUCUUAAAAGGCCGGGCAGUGCGUGUGGCAUCCCGACAGAACAGGAGAGGAGCAAGUGGCAGCGCCGGGUGUUGGGAGCGUGGCUGUCACUGCGCUGGAGCAUCCCUGAGCUUCUGAACAGAGCCGGGUAGUCAGCAGUGCAGCAGCCGCAAGUCCACGCCGAGCCGAGCUCAAUCUGUCUCGUGUCUCCGCUCCGGCGAUCCUCCGAGACUCCGCACAAAGCACAUUUUCCAAAGCAGCGCAAGGGAGCGCCCAGCCGCGUGCAGGCGGACGCACCCUUCCUGUCCUUUGUUCCGGGGGGAUCUGCAGCUGCUCUUCUCCCCCAACUCGGAGUCUUCCCUCCAGGGGUGGCAGGGGUCGCCGAAUACAGCAACGAAGAUGCCUUUGGAACUGACCCAGAGCCGGGUGCAGAAGAUCUGGGUGCCUGUCGAUCACCGACCCUCGUUGCCCAGAUCCUGUGGGCCGAAGCUGACCAACUCCCCAACGGUGAUUGUGAUGGUGGGGCUCCCAGCCCGGGGUAAGACUUACAUCUCCAAGAAGCUGACUCGCUACCUCAACUGGAUAGGCGUUCCAACGAAAGUGUUCAAUGUGGGAGAAUAUCGACGGGAGGCUGUGAAGCAAUACAGCUCCUACAACUUCUUCCGCCCUGACAAUGAGGAGGCCAUGAGAGUCCGAAAACAGUGUGCCUUAGCUGCCCUGAGAGACGUCAAAAGCUACCUGACAAAGGAAGGAGGACAGAUUGCAGUUUUUGAUGCCACCAAUACGACUAGAGAAAGAAGGCACAUGAUCCUUCAUUUUGCCAAAGAAAAUGACUUCAAGGCAUUUUUCAUUGAGUCCGUCUGUGACGACCCUACAGUUGUGGCCUCCAAUAUCAUGGAAGUGAAAAUCUCCAGCCCGGAUUACAAAGACUGCAACUCCGCAGAAGCCAUGGACGACUUCAUGAAGAGGAUCAACUGCUAUGAAGCCAGCUACCAGCCUCUUGACCCUGAUAAAUGUGACAGGGACCUGUCCUUCAUCAAAGUGAUUGACGUUGGCCGGAGGUUCUUGGUGAACAGAGUGCAGGACCACAUCCAGAGCCGAAUCGUGUAUUACCUGAUGAACAUCCACGUGCAGCCCCGGACCAUCUACCUGUGUCGGCACGGCGAGAAUGAGUACAACGUGCAGGGCAAGAUUGGGGGCGACUCAGGCCUGUCCAGCAGAGGCAAGAAGUUCGCCAAUGCCCUGAGCAAGUUCGUUGAAGAGCAGAAUCUGAAGGACCUCCGCGUGUGGACCAGUCAGCUGAAAAGCACCAUCCAGACCGCGGAGGCCCUGAGGCUCCCCUACGAGCAGUGGAAGGCGCUCAACGAGAUUGAUGCUGGUGUGUGUGAGGAACUAACCUAUGAGGAGAUCAGAGACACCUACCCUGAGGAGUAUGCACUGCGUGAGCAAGACAAAUACUACUACCGCUAUCCCACGGGCGAGUCCUACCAGGAUCUUGUCCAGCGCCUGGAGCCUGUGAUCAUGGAAUUAGAGCGCCAAGAGAACGUAUUGGUCAUCUGUCACCAGGCUGUCCUGCGCUGCCUACUAGCCUACUUCCUUGACAAGAGUGCAGAGGAGAUGCCAUACCUGAAAUGCCCGCUUCACACUGUCCUGAAACUGACGCCCGUGGCGUAUGGGUGCCGUGUGGAGUCCAUUUACUUGAAUGUAGAAUCAGUGAGCACGCAUCGGGAGAGGUCAGAGGCUGUCAAAAUACAACACUUUGCCAGUGUAGUCAGACCUUCCUCUUACACCGAACUUGACUUUCUGUCUGUGGAGUCCGCAAAACAGGAUGCAAAGAAGGGACCUAACCCUCUCAUGAGACGCAAUAGUGUCACCCCACUAGCCAGCCCCGAGCCCACCAAAAAGCCUCGCAUCAACAGCUUUGAGGAGCAUGUGGCUUCCACUUCUGCUGCCCUGCCAAGCUGCCUGCCCCCGGAAGUGCCCACGCAGCUGCCCGGACAACCUUUGCUAGGGAAAGCCUGUCUACGAACUGUCUGUCACAUUUUUUCAAAGUUUUCUCCUUACUAACCUGGGAAAGAACAUGAGAAGCCCCCGGAGCGGUGCCGAAUCUUCCCAGAAGCACUGAUGCUGAAGUAGGGGUUCCCUUCCGUUUCCACAGCCUGCCUUGUGGCUGCUCAUCUACCUGAGGCCAAGGACUUCCGGACUGGGGGAGAAUGGAGGUCUGCUGGUUGAAGAGUAGCAGCCCUCACCUCUGAGGUGUUGGGGUGGCAAAGACAGCUUGGAAGUUGUACAGAUCCCAGCUUCCUGUGGCAAAGCAGCAGACCUCCCUACGCUCUGUUCUCUUGCGACCGACUUCCAGGGGCUGUCUGACCUCACAGAUGCUUCCAAAGUUUGGGGAGGACUUUAGUACUAGAGGAGGUGAGAUCAGACCCCUAAGUUGGGGCCGUGGACACCGCCUCGCUGUUUUGUUUUUUCUUUGGAUCCUGGCCUGGCAUGUUGAUAGCUGGAAGACAGGAGUGGCAGAGAAUCCCGAGACUCGGGGUGAGUUAGACGCCACCUGCCAGAGGCUCAGGGACGAUCACACAUCCUCAUGAGCUUUUUGCAUCUUGGCCUAGGAAGAGGCCUCAGAGACAAGGGACUUGGGCACAUGCUGCAUUGGACAUGGGGGAUUCUCCUUCGGAGGAGUCCUUGAGCUGUGGCCUGCUAGCCGAGCAAUGACUUGCCCUGGCUCCUCCACAUGUCCACAUACCUUCUGGGUCCCAAGUAUCUAUCCGUGGAAGGAAGGAUUUUGCUGGAAAAGUUAACCAGGGUCCCCUCUUCCCAGGGGCCCUUCGGCCUUUCUGUUCUUCACCUUGGGACCCGGAGGCACCUGAGUAGAUCCUGUGGCUGGCUGUUUGUUUGCACUCUUUCUCCCUUCCUUCGUUUCCCUCCCUCCCUCCCUCCCUCUCUCCUUCCUCCUUCCCUCCCUCCCUCCCCACACCUCACUUCAGGAACUUAGAAGGAAGUGUGCUGGCCCUUGGAGGCUUGCAGCUGCUGAGUGGGAGACGUUCGGGUGUCGGCGAGAUGAGAGUCUCAGAGCCUUCAGCUCCACUCUCAUUGUUUAAGAAGGGACAGUGACUCAAGGAAGGAAGGUUCGUUUCAGGACACCCACUCACAGAGCUGUCCCCUUAUUUUGGCCAAGUCUCUGUGGCUGUAUGCCUCAUACCACCAUGCUGGGCAUCUCAAGGAGUUCCCAAGAGUAGAGAAUUGUCCCUGUCAGCUUUGCGGUGUCGGCGACAUUUUUUGCAUGGGUUGAAAGUAGCGCCUGCCUGUUUCUCCCCUGGGGGGAGGGCAGGACAUGCUAAGCCUGGAAGGAACCAUUGGGAAACUCAGCAGUGUUCGCCCAAAUGACCCUUCAUGAGAUACUGCACAGCCGGGAUGGAAGGCCACCUUUUUCUUUUUGCUUCCUUCCUGUGAGCCUUAGGGACCCUAUCUUCCCCAGCUCGGGGGACAGGGCCUGGGGUGACACAAGUCAUGCUUCAUACACUUUAAAGUCACUUUGUGUUCCACAGCUAACCACUCGAGCAUUCAGCCCAGCCCACUACCCUUUAAAUCUGUGGUUCACCAGGAUAUAUAUAGACACACACGUAUAUAUUCCUCUGAAGACUUGGACUGUUUUCUCUUGGUGGCUUGGGUCUUGACAAGGAUAUAUGCAGUGCAGACUUGGGCUGAGGUGUGCAGGCGGAUAAUACUUUUGGACCUGGGGGCCUGCAGUUUUGUUUUGUGGGCUGGGGGGAGAGAAGCAGGAUCGGAACUGUGUAGCCCAAACUCAUGACCUAUCCUCCUGUCUCAGCCUCCCAAAUGUUAGCCGUUCAGGUUUCAGCAUGAGCCGCCAUGCCGGGUACUGGCUGUGUGCCUGAAGGUGGUUCCUUAGAUCCCUCCUCCUGACCACACCCACUCUGUAGUUUCAGCUCUAACAACCUAGAGACAGUGAAGGCUGAGACAAGGGUGGUCAUGUGUGACCAGCUUAAGUCAGGACCUCAAGACAAGGCUUUGCCCAAUGUGGUUUCGCAUUCUGUGGACACCGAAGAAUAAGAUCAGGCCCAGGAGAAGUGAGUGGAACAUGGCUUCCUCUGAAAGCCAGUGACUUGAUGGAUGGGGUGGAUAGCACCCACACAACUUCCACUCUCUUACCCAAAACAACAAGAUAAAAUGGGGACCAAUGCUUUUAACUUUGCAUAUUUGUUUUUUGGGGUAAGUUUCUCCCUUUUCCUUCAACAAUGGGCAAUACCCUUGAUUUAUGGGGAGAAGAAAAACUGUUGGAACCACACCAAUGAUAUCUUCAUUUGUAAUACUUGAAAUUUAUUUUUUUAUUAUUUUGAUAGCAGAUGUGCUAUUUAUUUAUUUAAUAUGUAUAAGGGAGCCUAAAACUAGAAAGCUGUAUAGAUUGGGUUUAAUUGUUCAUUGGUUUGGGGCCUUCUUUCAAUGUGUGACUGAUGACUUCUUCAUGUUCCGUGUAAUUGUCUCUGUCAAAGACCUGCGAAGAAGCUACACAAGCUUUUAAACAGGAUGCGCCUUUCAGAAAUUUGUAUAUUUUGCAGUUGCAAGAACAAUAAAAACCUGGUUGAGAUAAUACUG